GUCUUGUAAACAACCUGCUGGGCUAAACUACUCACGGAGGAAGAGUCUCUUAAUGUAUACUUCACCUUUAUCCUCACUGUCACUGAUCUGCUCAUUAGCCGCUUGGGCAGUUGGUCACGUCUCUGUUAAUCACUGUUGAUGUGAACUGAAGAACAAAUGGCAGUGGGAAGAGAAGCAGUAGACUGUGAGAACACUAUGUUGGGUGCAGGUGUAAACAACAGUGGACAUAGACAAAGUAUUACCAACUGAACAAAAGAAUUCUAAGGAGACAAGAAAUUACUCUUCUUUGUGGAAAUACUGUAUGUUUUAAAAUAAUUCAAAACUUGUGUAUAGAUUCACCCCUUCAUAAGACUUUUGUCACAUUUAGCCAAAGUUUACCAUCUGACAUAAGUCCAGUAGUUUAUAUAACCCUUUGUAUUAUUGUUUACCAGCCAUCACAAGUAGUGUACUGUACUUGUAGUGUAUCGGCCUGAGUAUUAUUGUUUGCUGUACAUGAGAGGAACUGUAUAUAUAACAAUAGUAUACAGUAUAUAAUUUUUGUACACUUCCCUGUUGAGUCUUUUUAUAGAGUAUGUUGUAAGUCAUAAACAGUGUUUGUUAAUGACAAGUAUAGUUAUAUGUGUAACUCAUUUUUUACAUCAUUUUUCACAUUUAGUUGAAAGAGGUAUAGAGGAACCUUGUUAAUAAUGGUGUAGUCACAUGACAAACUGGAUCUUCCAUCACACUUACCUCCUCACUGUCCUCUCAUCUCAGCAUCAUUACAUCAGUGUCAGUAAAUCACAUUCACUAAUUGAUUUAUAAUUGAUGUAUGUUUCAGUUUUCAUUGUCAUAUAUAAUUUACAGUAACAAGACAUUAAUAGUUUUUGUAGGAGGAAACAUUUUCCCAGUUGAGUGUCACUAAAACCUUUAAACACACUACACAAUUUUAUAAUGGAAGGUCACUCGGAGGAACAGUCAGUGUGUGUAAAAUCACAUCAAGUAACACCCGUGAAAGAUCACUCACAACAGAAACCAUUUGUGUGUUCUGAAUGUUUUAAAGAAUUUAAAAGAAAAUGUGAUUUAGUGAGACAUACAAGAGUUCAUACAGGAGAGAAGCCUUACCAGUGUUCAGAAUGUCUUAAAUAUUUUUCUGAUAAAAGCCACUUAAUAAUACAUAUGAGAAGCCAUAAAGGAGAGAAACCUUAUCAGUGUCCUGAGUGUCUGAAAGAAUUCACAGUAAACUCGUCUUUAGUCACACACAUGAGAAUUCAUACAGGAGAGAAACCAUUUCAGUGUUCAGAGUGUUUUAAAGGCUUUCCCAAAAAAUAUGAUCUCAUUAGACAUACAAGAGUGCACACUGGUCACAAACCUUAUCAGUGUCCUGAGUGUCUGAAAGAAUUCACAGUAAACUCGUCUUUAGUCACACACAUGAGAAUUCAUACAGGAGAGAAACCAUUUCAGUGUUCAGAGUGUUUUAAAGGCUUUUCCAAAAAAUAUGAUCUCAUUAGACAUACAAGAGUGCACACUGGUCACAAACCUUAUCAGUGUCCUGAGUGUCUGAAAGAAUUUGCAGACAAAAGGAGUUUAAUCACACAUGUGAAAACUCAUACUGGAGAAAAACCUCUUAAAUGUUCAGAAUGUUUUAAAUAUUUUAUAGACGAACAUCAUUUGAGACAGCAUAUGAAAAUUCAUACAGGAAGAAGACCCUAUCAGUGUUCUGAAUGUCUGAAAGACUUUUCAGAUAAAAGUCACUUAAGAACACACAUGAGAACUCAUACAGGAGAGAAACCAUUCCAGUGUCCUGAGUGUUUUAGAGAAUUAUCCACCAAAUCUUCUUUAGUCACACAUAUGAUAAAUCAUACAGGAGAGAAACCAUAUCAGUGUUUAGAAUGUCAUCAAGGUUUUUACCAAAAAUCUCUUCUGUUAACACACAUGAAAGUUCACACAGAAAAACCUUUCCACUGUGUAAGAUGCAGGAAAAACUUUAAAGUGAAAGAUAGUUUAAUAUUACAUGUAGAGAGAUGUUACCAGACUGACCAAGUGGUCAACUCUCAUCAUUAUGAAGGUGAAAGGUGUCAGGAUUUGCACCAUGACUUGAGCUUGUCUUGCCAACCAACAGUGGAGAUGUGUGUUUCUGAAGGAGUGAAUAAUGAUCCACUCUCAGUCAUUUGUGAGACAAAAGCUUCAUCAGGACCUGAGAUAAUUGACCAAUCUUCUUUAAAGGUGGAGUGCCAGGAAGAACUAGUAGUUGAUGUUAAUCCUUCUUGUCUGUUUGGGAUAGAAUAUAACUCCUAGGUAAUUUACAUAAGCCUUAUGUUAGUAUGUAUGCUUUAAUCCUGUUUGUCUUAUUCAGCUUUUGUCAAAUUACACAGUCAUUCCACCUGAUGUCUAAUUAAAGUUAUAUCCACA